AUGACCAAGAUCUCGCUCUCCAUAGCGCUCGUCUUGGCUCUUUUCGCCGGCAGCGUUUCUGCUCAGGAGCCCACAGGUAGCCGUGGUAACGGCCCCGACCCCCGUGCCACCACCGACUUGAACCUCAACCAGCCCACCAAGUCAUGGACACAAUGGCAACCCAAGGCCACCUACGCCUACUCGCAGCUUCCGGACCAGUACAUGGGUGCCAACCGUAUCGAGUCUGGUGAAGGUGGAGUCCCUGGAGGAGAGCCUCAAACUGGAUACAACACCUGUGCUCGUAACACCUGGAACCAGGACUCCAAGUGUCAGACUGCCUGGAUCAACUCGCUCGAAGACUUCUGUCUCUGGGGUCCUGCCGAGUACGGUACGGUUGGUGAGAAGGAGCGUUCGGGUGUUGCUUACUGCACCACCGACAGGCACGGUACUCGUCUAAUUCCUGACGGCACUAUCGAGGGUGCUCACUUUGUCAGGACUCGUGACUACGUUCAGGUUACCGGUGUUGGUGACUUCACCAGUAUUCUCAUCCCCGACGGUGACGAUGGAGGAGAGUUCGACCCUCACGGUGCCGAUGAUUUGGGUAACCCCAUUGGUGGUAUUGUCUACACCACUGCUAACCCUGCUACCAACGGCGAGCCAUACUUCGUUAGCGAGUGGACCAACUUCAUGUCGUACAACCAGUUCUGUCUUCGUGCUUGUUGGGGUGAGCGAGCUGCUGCGCAGUGCGAGCACAUCUAUGAUGUUAUGGGUUGCAGAUGGAACAUCCCCGCUAACUACGAGCCUGGUGUUUUCGAGACUUGCGAUGGUGAUGUCGGUCUUCUCCAGGGUAUCUACGGCUCUUCGACCUUCCGACAGGGCGACCCUGUUACUCCCUCGGCUCAUCCCGCGCCAUCCAGCAGUCAGUGCUCGACUGUUAGGACCAUCAGCCACGGUCUCCUUGCCGCAUCGGCGAACGAGACUUCCACUUCAGUAGCAUCGAGCUCUACCACUUCGGCUGGUGUCACUUCCACCACGAGCCGUGUCGCCUCGGUCGCCACUUCGCCCAGCUCGGCAGGGACUAACGGCAGCAGCAACUCUGGCUCAUCCGGCAGCAACGCUAACAGCAACCAGAACACCGCCACUUCCAGCGCUAGCACUCUCACCAUCUCGGCCGCUCUUGCUGGUCUCUUCGCCGUUGGUGCCGCUGUUGUCGCCCUCUAA